CGCGUCCGGAGUUGGGGACUCGUGUGGCCUGGGUUGUGACUAUUAGCCGUGUGACCUUGGACAAGUUCAGGAAGUCCCCUGAAACUUUUGUGCCAGUAAAGUGAAGGAUCCAGAGAAUCAUCCACUGAUGGGUUUUGCCCAGGCCCCCAAAAGUUGGAACUAUAGAGCUCCUUGAAGGAAAGGAAUUGCCAAAGGAAUUUUCCAAGUGGGCACACACCAGGACCUGCAACUUGUGUGGUCCGUCCAGGAGGACAAAGUGGGACUUGAGGAUUUGGGGCCAUGGCAGGGCCGAGCCUGCCCCUUCGUGUGGCCACCCUUCUGACGGGGCUGCUGGAAUGCCUUGGCUUUGCGGGUGUCCUCUUUGGCUGGGCUUCGCUAGUGUUUGUCUUCAAAACAGAGCAUUACUUUGAGGAUCUCUGUGAAGCAGAUGCUGGUCUCCUGAGCAACGCCACAGAGCAAGCUGACUGCAAAGCCCAGGAUGAGAGGUUCUCUCUCAUCUUCACCGUGGCCUCCUUCAUGAACAACUUCAUGACGUUACCCACUGGCUACAUCUUUGACCGUUUUAAGACCACCGUGGCCCGCCUCUUAGCCAUAUUUUUCUAUACCAGUGCCACUCUGACCAUAGCCUUCACCUCUGCAGACUCAGCUGUGCUACUCUUCCUGGCCAUGCCCAUGCUCACCGUCGGGGGAAUCCUGUUUCUCAUCACCAACCUGCAGAUUGGGAACCUGUUUGGCAAACACCGUUCUACCAUCAUCACCCUCUACAAUGGAGCAUUUGACUCUUCCUCUGCAGUCUUCCUAUUCAUUAAGCUUCUUUAUGAACAGGGCAACCGCCUUAGGGCCUCCUUCAUCUUCCUCUCUGCAUGUAGUAUCUGGCAUGUCGUGCGUACUUUCCUCCUGAUGCCCCGGGGGCACAUUCCCUACCCACUGCCUCCCAACUACAGCUAUGGCCUGUGUUCUGGGCGUGGUUCCAGAAAGGAAGAGAAGAAAACAGCUGAGCCCGAAAACAGGGAGCUGCAGUCAAAUGAGUGUCUUUCAUCAAACGGAGAGAGCUCAGGACUCGCGCAGCAGAAGAACCUCCGUUCUUUCUGGAGCUAUGCUUUGUCUCAGCGCUUUGCCUGGCACCUGGUGUGGCUGUCUGUGAUCCAGCUGUGGCACUACCUCUUCAUCGGCACGCUCAACUCUCUGCUGACCAACUUGGCAGGCGGGGACAGGACGCAGGUCAGCGCCUACACCAACGCCUUUGCCAUCACUCAGUUCUUCGGAGUGCUGUGUGCCCCCUGGAACGGGCUGCUCAUGGACCGGCUUAAGCAGAGGUACCAGAGGGAAGCGAAAAGGACAGGUUCUUCCACUGCAGCUGUGGCCCUCUUGUCUGCAGUGCCUUCACUGACCCUGACAUCUCUGCUGUGCCUGGGCUUCGCCCUCUGUGCCUCCAUCCCUGUCCUCCCCCUCCAGUACGUCACCUUCAUCCUGCAGGUGGUCAGCCGCUCCUUCCUCUAUGGGGGCAACGCUGCCUUCCUUACUCUCGGUUUUCCUUCAGAGCACUUUGGAAAGCUCUUUGGACUGGUGAUGACCUUGUCAGCCAUUGUGUCCCUGCUGCAGUUCCCCCUCUUCACCCUCAUCAAAGGCCCACUCCAGAACAACCCCUUAUACGUGAACGUGACGCUGUUGCUCACCACUCUUCUGACGUUCGUCCACCCCUUCCUGGUGUACCAGGAGUGCCGCUCCUGGAAGGAAGACCCCUCUAAACCAUGAGCUCAGAAUCCCUCCCUGGAUGCUUUGCAUUAUCGUUCCCCGCCUUUGAGGACCCCGUGCCAAUGGACUUUGUCUACCCAGGUUACUUGUAUUAAGUAGUCAUUUUUUUUUUUUUUCUAAAGAGAGAGAGAGAGAGAGAGAGAGAUGUUUAACCGCUCACCAGGUUUCUGAUCAGCAAGAAAGGAAUCUCAGUUGCCUACAAACCCAAGGCAAAGGCUUGUGGAUCUUCUCCUUGGUUCCAAAGCAGGAAGUGACUCUCUACAUGACUCUGGCAGAUCCUUGAGAGCAAGAGAGGUGAUAUGGAGGAGGGGUUGUGUCACCCCUUUGGCCCUGAAGCUCACAUGUACUGGCACCUGUGCUGCCAGGUACAUUUCUAGGUGAAGUGUGAGGUCAUCAUGGCCUACUGCCUGGCGUUUAGAGGUGCUGCAGCAGACCUAGCUUUCCCUCUGAAGCACAUCUUGGUUGGAGAACUUUCUAUGAGCUUCAGGGCAAAGAGGAGCAGACAGAGGCCCCUGGUGCCGGAUGAGCUUGGGUGCCCUUUUUUGGUCUGAGCAUCACUUUUCCCAUGUGUAAAAUGAGAGAGUCCAAGGUUCUUUCUGGAGCUAAUGUCCUGGAAAGUCUUAGGAACAGUGACAGGGAGUCCACUUGCCCAAGGACCUUAGGAACCAGCUGACCCAUUUGCCAAAAGGAAGUCUGAUGAACCCUCCUGGGGAUAUUUUCCUCUUCAGGAAGGGGAAUAGUUAUUUACUUUCUGGCAUUUUAUAAAACAUUUUUAUAUGGGAUAAUUUUGUAUAAAAAUAAAGACUCUGUGUCUAAGGCCA